UUCCUACUCUCUCUCUCUCUCUCUAUUCAAUACUGCUGCCCCGAGCAUCGUUUCGUCCACUGAGGGUCAAGAAACUGUAGGGCCACGGGGGUCCUCGGUCCCGCGAGAGCGGGAUUGCCGCAAGCGCCAGGCACAAGGGCGAUGUGGAGCCUACUUUCGCUGGCGUCCUCUCCGUUCGGGGAGGUGCAUUUCUCGCCUGCGCAAGUGUUCUACAUCAGCGUUGCCAAGUGGACCUUCAUUGCAGGUUUGGUUGUGCCUUUUCCUCUCUAUUACAUGGCGCCGUUCAAGUACUGGUGCGGCGGCGACGGGCAGAACGCAAAGUUCCCAUGCAGCAUAUCGUGGAUGACUCGCAAGGGUUUGCCGCGCUACUUCGGCAGCUGCACGUGGUUGAUUGGGUGGGGAUUUCUUUUGUAUCGAAUGGCCUUCGGCCCAUCCCACCACCGAGCCUGGGUUGUGGGUCAGAGUUCGUAGGGAUCUCUUCGGCGCGCUCUCGGGGGCCUCUUGGAGGCAGUUUCGC